GCUGAUCGCAUUGUUGGCAGCAGUGUCGACUGUUGCAAAUGGUGGAUUGCGUUACUUUUUCUCGUGCUCCGUGUAAAAUAUUUACGUAAAAUAGUGCAAAUCUUGUGGUGCAGUGUUUCUGACUAAUAGAAACAUGUCGGAAACACUGCCGAAUAACAAAAAACAAGUUCCAAGGCAACUGCGUGAACGUAAGCAGCGGAAACUCUACUCAGAUGAAUGGGCUCUCGGUGAUGAUGAAGCAGAGGGUGGUCGAGGAUUUUCUCUGGCCGACAAGCUGGAGAGUCCGCGGUUUGAACACACUGGUGCCGUUGUUGAGAUGCAUGGCACAGACCUCACAGUGUCUUACCUUCAAAAAAAUGGUUUUACUACUCCAUUGCUGUUUAAGGAGAAAAUUGGACUGGGCCUAAGGGUACCGACCAGCAACUUCACGGUGAACGAUGUGCGCAUGUGCGUCGGCUCUCGGCGCCUUCUCGACGUUAUGGAUGUAAACACACAGAAAAACAUUGAGAUGACUAUGAAGGAUUGGCAACGGUACUACGAUGACGCCAACAAAGAGAGGCUGCUGAACGUGAUCUCGCUGGAGUUCUCCCACACUCGCCUCGAGAAUUACGUGCAGGCGCCUCGCAUCGUGCGUCUGAUCGACUGGGUGGACACUGUUUGGCCUCGGCACUUAAAAGACCAACAGACUGAAUCUACCAACGCUCUAGACGACAUGAUGUAUCCGAAGGUGCAGAAGUAUUGUCUAAUGUCAGUCAAGGGCUGCUACACUGAUUUCCAUAUUGACUUUGGUGGCACAUCAGUUUGGUACCACAUUCUAAGAGGUGCAAAAGUUUUCUGGCUCAUUCCGCCGACUGAAAAGAAUCUUCAACUGUAUGAAAAAUGGGUUCUCUCUGGCAAACAAUCUGACGUGUUCUUUGGAGAUACAGUUGAAAAAUGCAUUAGAGUUCAUCUGCAAGCCGGUUAUACAUUUUUCAUCCCAACCGGUUGGAUUCACGCUGUGUACACACCGAGCGACUCGCUCGUCUUUGGCGGUAACUUCCUACACCAAUUUGGGAUAGAGAAGCAACUCAAAAUUGCUCAAGUUGAAGACGUUACUAAGGUGCCUCAAAAGUUCCGGUACCCCUUCUUCACGGAGAUGCUGUGGUACGUGCUGGACCGCUACGUGAGCGCGCUGCUGGGCCGCUCGCACCUCGCGGCCGAGGGGCACGUGCUGCCCGCGCCGCCGCCCACGCCCAAGGACCACGUGCACCUCACGCAGAACGAACUGCACGGCCUCAAGGCGAUAGUUGUGUAUCUUCAUCAGCUGCCCGCAGCUCGUAAGUCAGUGCCGGAACUACUUACCGAUCCCAUUGCGCUCGUUCGCGAUGUACGGACGCUGGUGGAACAGCACAGGCAUGAUAAACAAAACUUGGCGGUCACCGGUGUGCCCGUGCUAAAAGGGCCUGACGAGUCAGUCACAGGCGAGCGGCGACAGUCGAGCGGGCGCGGCGGGCGCGGCGGCCACCGCGGCGGGCCGGCCCGGCCGCGUCCCGACCACGCCAACAGCGCGCCCCGGCGCAGGCGCACGAGAUGCAAGAAGUGUGAAGCGUGUCAGCGAACGGAUUGCGGCGACUGUGUGUUCUGUCAUGACAUGGUCAAGUUCGGUGGACUCGGUCGUGCCAAACAGACAUGCAUCAUGCGUCAGUGUCUGCAGCCCAUGUUGCCCGUUACUGCAUCUUGUGCAGUUUGUCAUCUUGACGGCUGGAUGCAGACACCCGUCGCGCCACAGGCUAAGGGUAACUCGGGUCGGAACGGUCCGUCAUCGCUCCGUGAGUGCUCAGUAUGCUACAGUAUCGUGCACCCAGCUUGCGUGCCUCCUGGUGGACAGAUCAACGAGGACCUGCCGAAUUCAUGGGAAUGCCCAACGUGUACAACAAUGGGCCUUAACCACGACUACAAGCCGCGGCACUUCCGUGCGCGUCAGAAGUCGUCAGACCUGCGUCGGAUGAGCGUGGGUUCGGAUGCGUGUCAAUUGAGCCAAUACAACAACAAAAAUAAGUUACCGGCGCCUCCACCAUUAAUCACUGUUAAGUCAGAAGUUGGUUCAGACACUGAGAGCAAACCUGAAGGUGUUGAUCUCAUAAAGACAGAAGACGAAAUAAAAAAUGAGGAGGAACGGAAUGCUGAAGGGGGUACCGUCGGAGAGGGAGAACGCGAGGGCGAGUGGGAGCCAGUCGCUAAGAAAAGGAGACCCAGCGACGAGGAUGAAGCGCCCAAGAAACAAGCUCUGCGGGCACACCUCGCGCUGCAACUCACACAUCACUCAGCUAAGGCGUUAAAGAAGCCUUUAUAUCCAGUUCGACCAGCUCCGUUGCAGUUUACAUCCUCAAACGGCUCGCCGUGGCUAGAUCGCGAAGCAAUGUUGUGUGUGUUUGCUAAAUUGACGCCCCACGAGCUUGCCACUUGCGCGCUUGUUUGCAAAGCAUGGGCUGAGUACUCGAUGGAUCCGUCACUAUGGCGCAGUAUGUCGUUCGUGCAAGUGCGCGUGUCGGCUGCGCAGCUGGCGGGCAUCGCGCGUCGGCAGCCCCUCAGUCUGGGCCUUGAGUGGUGUCAUCUAGCAAGGCGGCAACUGGCUUGGUUACUCGCGCGUCUUCCAGCGCUUCGAUCUCUAUCCCUUGCGGGUUCACCAGCUGAAGCUGCACUGGCUCUUCGAUCAAGUUCAUGUCCGCCACUCACAGCAUUGGACUUGUCUUUCGCGCGAUGUUUAGAUGAUGCCAAAUUGCGGGGAAUCCUCGCUCCUCCAGAGAAUUCGAGACCCGGUGGUGGAGCUAGAUCGGGCACUGAACCAUCGAGGCUUGCGGCGUUAGCUGUACUACGUCUUCCUGGAACGGACAUUACAGAUGUCGCUAUGUUAUACAUAGUUCAGGCUUUACCGAAGCUGUGCGAGCUGGACGCGUCGUCGUGCGCGCGGCUGACGGACGCGGGCGCGGCGCAGCUGGCGCACCACGGCCUGCAGCGCCUGUCGCUCGCCGGCUGCCGGCUGCUCACCGAGGCGGCACUCGACCACCUCGCUAGGUGUCCCAACCUCGUCAGAUUGGAUCUACGACACGUCCCUCUCGUGUCAACGCAAGCAGUAAUCAAAUUCGCCGCUAAAUCAAAACAUAAUUUACACGUUAAGGAUGUCAAGUUAGUGGAGCUCAGGAACACCUGAUGCGAGGCGGAGUCCGCCGAACCGGCGGAGGAAGAAGUAUUGAGUGAACCGCAAGAAAAUGAGUGAACGAAAAGUGAUAUAGGAUAGUGAUGUGUUGGUGGCAUAGCAAAGUCAGCCUAACGCUAACCAUUCAAUAUAUUUGCAGUAUAAAAUACAACUUUGAGUUUAUAUUACUGUUUUGUAUCUCAUAGAAAUAUAUACUAAGAUAAUACCCAUAGAGGUUAGUAAAGUUAUUAGUUUUAACAUUUCUCUAUAUGUAUCUUAUUUCAUCAAGAAAUUUUAUCACAUUGACUAUUUGCCAAAAAGAAAGUAAUCGCUGUAAGUUAACAUUUUAUGUAUUCAUUUUAUGUCAUUAACAUUUCGCACAUAUCAAAUUAGGUCUAUGCUAUCAACAUGUAUUUUGUGAAAUGUAAUGACAGAAAAAGACUUGUUUGAUGUUAAGUGUUGGAAGUGAUAAUUUAAAAUAAUAUAGUUUUAAAUAGGUCCCCGGAAACUCUGAUUUAGUCUUGUAAAUAGUGAAUAGCUAUAUAGUAUCUCAGAGGUUUAUCAAUUUUCUUCCAUAGGGCAUAGCUAGUGUUAGGUUUCGUUGUUCCGAUUUCAUACUGAUUUCUUACCAGUAUAUUUAUAUGUGUUUUGACGAUGGAUUCUAUAUAUUUCGAGUUUUCGAGCUUUGUUGAUCCCAUAAGUUAAUAGCUAUGCCUAUAUGCAACCAAUCAUACGAAACCAAAUAGUAGAUAUAAUAAAUAAACAGCUGCAUGCAUUCUUUUCUUGAAUUUACAAUGAGUACUACUAUGUUUUUUUCUAAUGUCUAAAAAAAAUACUCGUAAUUCUCACUUUGUUCGAAAUUACCAUAAGGUAAAAUUUGUCUCUUGUUAAUUUUUAGCAAAUUUAAAUACAAUUUGUUAUGUAUCAUCAACAUUUAGACAGAGUAAACAGCAAAAAUAAUAUGUACCAUAAAUAUUAUUUUUGCUUUGUUUAUUUUUACAGAUAGGGACACAUUUUUAUUAGCAAUUGUUUGUGGAAGGAAGGAAAUUGAGUGUAGUGUAACAUCAUAGAAAUUUUUCUUUGAAUUUACAAACACAGCUAAUUUUUGUAUUGCUUGAGUUAUAAUUGAGUUAUUUUCUUUGUUUAAAUCAUUCAUUUUAAAAAAUAUAUCAGUAUGAUCCUUUCAUGUAUCUAAGACGUAAAUAUAACCCAUGAAAGAAUUACGCCUAAAAUGGUUACAUUUCGAUCUAAAUGACAUAUUGAAAGUUAAAAAUUAUAAUUUUAUUGCAUGCUGUUGCAUUGGUAUAUAUUUUAUUGUUAUUUUUAUGUACCCUCUUCCGAAAAGGUGGCAAUUGAAUACAUUAUAUAUAUAUUAUUUUCAAUUAUUUGAUUUUUUUUUUGUGUAAAAACAAUCUAAGAGACAAGUAAUAGGAAGAUAGCAUAUUUACAUUUAAAUCUUUGACCCAAUUUUGGUGUGAAUUCGAUAUGUUUGUUUUAGUUUCCUAGUAUUAUAUAAAUAUAUACUAACGCCUUAUUAGUAAAUGUUGUAUAUGAAUAGUGUAUUGGUUUUUUAUUAUACAUACAUAAUAUUCUGUCUUCUACUUUCCAUUGUCAAAUUAAUGUUGACGGAAAGAGAGAAAUUGCUGUAUAAAUAUUCACAGUACAACAAUCAUCAGUAAGGCAGUUAUAACAUUGAAAAUAUCAACUGCAAAGGCUGUUUUUAAAAUUAUUUGAUUUUGCCUGCACAUAUAAGAAUAGCUUUAUUUUGUUUUCAUAUUCUUGAAAUGAAUGUUUAUAUUAUCUAGAGUUGGGUCAUAUGAGUUUUUGUUGACAUUAAAAUAUCAAUACUUAGUAACUGGCGUUAAAAUAAUUAUACAUGUGUAAAUAUAAAAAAAAUAUUUAUUACUGCACUUAAAAACACGAAGCGUAUAUUUUAGUUUCAUGACAAUUUAAAAUUGCUUGUAUUCUUUUUAGUUCUAGUCGCUUAUUAGAUUUAGGUCGUUGUUAUAAAUAGCUCUAAUAGUGACCAAUGUUUGUCGUUUUAUUUCAAAAUAUUUGAGGCUAUGGAAAUUGUUUGUUGAAAACCAUCAUAAAUUUAUAUUAUGAAUAAAAAGAAAUAUUAUCGAAAAUGUAAUACAUCAAUACGACGAAUUUAUAACAAAAAUUGUGUAAAUUUGUAAUUAAAUUUAAAAAUCAAAUAUAAAUUUUAAUGUAUUGUAAAUAGUUAUUAUUAUUUCAUAUCAUCAGAUCCAAUAAUAGUCGAAUUGUGAAAAUUAACUCACGGUCUAUUAAAAUUUUUUCGUUGUGAAAAAAAAAGGUAAAAUACAUCAAUGAAUAAUGAUAGUCUAUAAGUUAACCGACUCUGGUCACAGUAUGCGAGGUCGGAGGGCCGCCUAUAGUAUUAGUUUAGUAAAAGUAUCCUUUACGACUUUGAUUAUUAUUAGUAUUAAUGUACAUAAAAAUUAAACGUGGUGAAUCUUAAUAGUAAAUUUAAAAACAGGGAAAAUAUUUGUUUAAAUGUUUUUAAUUUCAAUAUCUUAAUACUAUGAAAAAAAAAAUCCAGGUCUAUUUUUUAUGUACAUUAUUCCAAGUGUCACUUGGUAAAUUAUAGGCUCUAUGGAUAAAUGUAAAAUUAGAUGUAAGCAUCGUGUGCCUCUGUGUAUAAACCAUUAGAAAAACAUAAAAUAAAUGUAUAAUAAAUAAAUAUUAUUAUCAUUAAUCACAAAAAAGUUGCUUUUUGAAAUCAAAUAAACAAUAAAGUUGAUGAUUUCAUAAAAUUAAUACUUAUCAAAUGUAACAUAGAUAUUAUAUAGUUUUUUAAGAGUGGAAUUUAAGAAGAAAGACUUUGUUUUGUACUGGCUAGGCCCGCAGGCUGGCAACACUGCGCAGAGAUGGUGAUAUUACGACUAGGUCUAGCUCUAUGAUAAACGAUGUUAUGUGAAUUUGAUGGUUUAAGAAUCGUAACAUUGUAUCAUUGGUUACCAUAAGCACUUAUAGUAUUUGAAAUAAAUAUUUACAUUGAA